AUGGUUUAUUUAACUCUAUUAACUUUUUUUGGACUAUCAUUCCAAUUUAUAAAUUCAGAACAUACAGAUAUUAUCCUAUUAGGCAGCACUGGAGACUUGGCUCAGAAAUAUCUAUGGCAGGGUUUCUUUAAUCUAUAUGAGAAACAUAGCUCAGAUCAUCAUACUUUUACCUUUUAUGGUUGUGGGCGAUCUCCUAAACAUUCAGCUACUGAAAAGUUGAAUAAAAUUUUAGAUAAGAAUGUCAUUUGUGAAAAGAAAAAUUGUGUGGACCAGAAAAAAAAAUUUGUGAGUCUUGUGUCAUAUUUUCAACUAGCUUCUGAAAUAGAUUUUAAAAAUUUAGGACAGUUGUUAAAAAACUCAAGGAGUGUAACAAAAUAUGAAGCUAUAACUGUGAUAUUUUACCUUUCAAUUCCACCCGAAUUUUAUACAAGGACUGCAGAAAAUAUCCACAAGUUCUGUUAUUCAGUUGAAGAAAAUAUCAAUUUCCGUAUUGUGUUUGAGAAACCAUUCGGCUAUGAUACAAACUCAGCUAUUCAGCUCCAGACAAAUUUGGAGAAAUAUUUUAAAGAGGAUGAAAUCUACAGGAUCGAUCAUUACCUUGGAAAAUCUGUUGUUCGAGAAAUUCUUCCAUUUAGGUUUGUAAGACAACUGAAUCCAGAGAUAGAAAAGUUAUUAAAUAAUAAACAUGUGGAGAGAAUCGAGGUGGUUUUAAAAGAGACAGUGGACUGUAAAGGCAGAUUUAGCUAUUACAAUAAUAAUGGUGUCAUCAGAGAUGUUCUUCAAAAUCAUUUAAUGGAGGUCCUUCUCCUUGUUACCAUGGAAUUGGAAGAAAAUGGUGUCAAGAUACCACAGCAGAAACAGAAUUUGCUGAAAAAUAUAGAAACACCAUUGUCUGUUUUGAUUGGACAAUAUGAAGACUAUUUGGACCAAUCAAAUGAUGAAGCACCAGAUUUGGCUGAAUUCGUGCCAACUUUUGCUGCAGCAUUGUUGUCCAUUGAAUCACCAAAAUGGCAUGGAGUUCCAAUUAUUUUUGUUUCAGGAAAAAGUUUAAAUGAAAGAACAAGUUAUGCUCGUGUGAUUUUCAAAAAUAAUAUUUUUUGUGUGUCCAAUUGCCCAAAUAUGAAUCAAAACCAGCAAAUUAUUUUUCACAUUGGCCAUGGAGGGUUGCCAUCACCCAUGAUUCUGGUUUCCAAAUAUUUCAAAACUGUAGAAUUUCCACAAGGUUUCAAUACAGAGCAUAAUUUAGAAAUUAAGAAACAAAUUUAUGGUAAAGAUUUUUCAGAAUUUUUCAGUGCUGUACCGAUUAAUGACAUUGAUGCCUACAGUUCACUGAUUCAGGAUGCCUUUAAUGGAAGAAAAGAGAGUUUUAUUGAUGGAUCUCAUCUUGUAGAUUCUUGGAAGAUCUGGGAAGACAUUUUAAAAUAUUCCACUGAAAGAAUACCAAGAAUUUACGAAAAUGGAGACGAACAUAAUGUGUUGGAUUUUAAGAUUUUUGGAUCAAGUUUGGAAUACGUUAAAAAUAUUGAAAAAGAAGAUGCUUCAGAUAGUUUUAGUCCUAACUCAUUUUUGGGUCGAAAACUUGUGACAGCGGAGUCAGAGACACUUUAUAAAGCAUUAGCCACGGACAUAGUUUCAAAAAUAUCCCAACAAAAUACACAAAAAUUCCACAUAGCUUUUUCUGGAGGAAAGUCACCUAUCAGGCUUUUUCAAAUUUUAGCCGCACUUUUGUCUGAUGUGUCUUUGAAUCAUGUCCAUAUUUGGCAAGUUGAUGAACGGUGUGUGUCAAGGGAAAGCGAGGAUUCAAACUUCCAUCACUUAUUGAAGAACUUCCUUUCCAAUGGGCAUAUAUCUAUACCUGAUGAUAAUAUCCAUCCUAUGCCUGUGUCUCAGAUUAAAAGAAAUUGUGACCUAGAGUCUAAAGGGAAUACAAUAUACGAACAAUCCAUCAAAAAUCACAUUGCAAAUAAACAGUUUGAUUAUAUCGUGCUCGGUCUUGGUGCUGACGGGCAUACUGCUUCUCUUUUCCCUAACGAACCAACAUUGUCGUUAAAAUCAUAUGUUGCAAUGACUUGGAAAUCCGUGUUUCGAAUGACCUUGACUUUGCCAGUGAUCAAUCGAGCUAAGCAAAUCAGUGUUCUUGUUACUGGAAAAGCAAAACGUAAAAUACUAAAAACUCUGGAAAAGUCUGAUCCUGGUUCAGGUUUGCCGAUUUUACGAGUAAAUCCAACAGAUGGUGAAAUGACAUGGUAUAUAGAUUCAAAUGCUUUAUCUUUAACAUUAAACUGA